GGAGUAAUUUGGGGGAGAGCACUCUGGAAACAGCACAGCACGAGAGGCUCGCAAUGGCGCCAACUCCAUAGAAGGACGACCGGCCAAUCAGCGUUGUCCAAAACAAACAGGAAGCCGUUACCGCUACAUCCGGGACCUCCUCCUUUUCCUUCUUCUUUGGUGUUUAUUGGCACAUCCGGAACCACCUCCUCAUUAUUUUACUACCAUGUUGUGACCAAACAACGACAUGGUAAGGUAAAGUUUUCUUCAUUUUUUCAAACGUUAAACAAACUUAUAGCUCAAAUGGACGACCGUGAGCUGGACCUGACUGAGGCGCAGAAAGCUACCAAGUCAAAAUAUCCGCCAAUCAACAAGAAAUAUGAAUACUUGGAUCACACAGCAGAUGUACAAAUCCACUCCUGGGGAGACUCUCUGGAGGAAGCCUUUGAGCAGUGUGCCAUGGGCAUGUUUGGCUACAUGACGGACACAGAGACUGUGGAGCCCUUAGAUACUGUUGAAGUGGAGUCAGAGGGUGAAGACAUGGAGUCUCUUCUCUUCCACUUCCUAGAUGACUGGUUAUACAAAUUUAGUGCAGAUCUCUUCUUUAUUCCCAGGGAGGUCAAAGUUUUGCAUGUAGACAGAAUGCACUUCAGAAUCCGCUCCAUUGGGUGGGGUGAAGAAUUCUCUCUGGAAAAGCAUCCGCAGGGUACAGAAGUGAAAGCCAUUACAUACUCCGCAAUGCAGAUCCACGAUAAAGAAAAACCAGAGAUAUUUACCAUCAUUGAUAUCUGACAACACCUCCAGAGGGAGAUCACAGUCCUGGUUCGAUGGAGCUGGAAUACCUGCAUGGCCAAUUUAAGUGGCCUUUUUAUCUGAGGCAAUGAUUAUAGAAUUGUAAAAUCUUGUUUCAUACUUGUAGGUUAAACUGUCUACCAACAAGAGCAUUUCUCUAUAUUUAUAGUGAUGUGGAUGCACACGAUGCAAUGAAAGAGUUCCAUGGCAGAAUAAUAUGACAUUGACAUAUACAUAAUUUACAUGCGUUCAGAAGGCUUAAAAUGCGUUGGAUUCAGGGAAAUAACUUUUCUUGGGUCAUUAUUGAAUAGUAAACAAAACAAAACCAUCACUUUAAAAUGAUGUGAUGGUUUUUAACACAUUUACUGACCCAGCUUUACUUGAAAUGCUUUAGCAAAUUCUUAUUCUUAUUUAUCACAGAACUGAAAUUGUGUUGAUGCCUUAUUAAUCAUUGUAAACAAAUCAAUAUACAUUUAUUUUUUCAGUCGGAUUGAUUAAAUGGGUACUAGUACUUUAAAAGAA